AUGAUUAGAGGAUUCGUUGGUGUGAUAAAUCAUUCACAAUCAAGUCAGAGAUUCAUUUUCAGUCAGGCUACAUUAAAUAGCCCAAGAUUCUUUUGUUCUGUUGCAUCCACAGUACCAAGAGAUCAAAAGAUUAUUGUAGUUACCUCUGGUAAAGGUGGAACUGGAAAGACAACUAGUAGUUCAUCAUUUUCAUAUGGUUUGGCAGAGAAAGGUUAUAAAGUUUGUACAAUCGAUUUUGAUAUUGGUUUAAGAAAUUUAGAUAUUCAUUUUGGUAUGGAAAGAAGAGUUGUAUUUGAUUUCAUUAAUGUGUUGAAUGGAGAUUGUACAUUGAGACAGGCAUUGAUCAAAGACAGAAAGAAUCCAAAUCUAUAUUUAUUGGCUGCAUCGCAAACCAAAGACAAGACAGCCUUGAAGAUGGAGGCGGUCGAGAAGGUUUUAGACGAGUUGAGAGAGAAUUUCGAUUAUAUUGUUUGUGAUUCGCCAGCAGGUAUUGAGAGUGGAGCACACCAUGCUAUGUACUGGUCUGAUAGUGCUAUCAUUUGUACAAACCCAGAGCUUUCUUCAGUACGUGAUUCCGACAAGAUGUUGGGUAUUUUAGCUAGUAAAUCAAAGCGUGCCCUCGAGGGUAAAGACCCAAUCAAAUUGAAUCUCUUAAUCACUCGUUAUUCACCAGAGCGUGCUGAAUCUGGUGGUAUGCUUUCUGUAAAAGAUAUUCAAGAGAAUUUAGGAAUCAAAUUACUUGGAGUAGUUCCAGAAAGCCAAGAUAUCUUAUCUUGCACCAAUCUUGGUAGACCUGUUAUAACUUUGGACAAAAACUCUGAUCCAGCCGAGGCAUACCGUGAUGUUGUCGAUAGAUUUUUAGGAGAGAACAAACCAAUGCGUUUCACUGAACCAAAACCAACUGGACUUUUCUCCAAGAUGUCAAAACUCUUUGGUUAA